AUGUCACCCCCACCCCGCCUACGACAUACGUUCGGCCCGCCGAUCGUGGUUGAGUCGGAAACCAGUGUAAAAGCCGGGAAUGGAAAGAACGCGGAAGCAUUGACUAUCACUUGGUCCGACCUUCCAGGAUGGAUGAAGGACAAUGAAUACAUUUUAAGAGGUUAUAGACGGUUAGUCUGGCGAGCUUGCGCCGUCUCUGUAUUUGGCUAUUUGCACAAUGAAACAGUGAACAUUCAUAGCCAUCUCGAAGCCGCACUUGUCUUCAUCUGGUUCCUCUGCACCUUCGACUCGGCCCAUCUUUCGACCUAUCAAAGUGUCUCGUGGGCCGAUUACGCUGUCUUCGUCAUUUUCCUGUCGUCGGCGGUUUUUUGUCUGUUCGGUAGUGCGUUAUUCCAUAUGUCAACGGCUCAUUCGGAAGAGGUCUCCGCUCGAUGUCAUGCCUUCGAUUAUUCUGGAAUUAUUGUCCUCACCGUGGGGUCCUUCUAUCCUUGCAUUUACUAUGGAUUUUACUGUGAAGUACAUUUCCAAGCGACAUACCUCACCUUAAUAACCCUGGCUGGUCUGGGAGCAGCUUAUAUUGUCCUCAAUCCUGAAUACGCCAAACCCACGCACCGAGGAGCCCGCACUAAAGUCUUCAUCGCCUUAGGGUUGUGCAGCAUUCUGCCGGUUACUCAUGCCUUCAAUUCACACGGAUUUGAUCCCUUGUGCCGGGAGAUGGGCUUUCGCUGGCUUCUGGCCUCAGGCGCAUUGUACAUAGGCGGAGCUCUUCUUUACGCAAAUAGAAUUCCUGAAAGGCUUGCACCCGGCAAGUUUGACUAUUUCUUUGCGUCGCACCAAAUUUUCCAUUUUUGUGUGGUGCUAGCGGCACUUGCUCAUUAUGCCUGCGUACUUACGGCGUUCGAACAUUGGCACAGCCGUGUUGGGGUCUGUCUCUGA